CCACCGACAAGCAUCAGAAUUCGAAAUGGCUAUGAACUUCACGAAGAGGAUAAAGAGGCAGUGGAAGCGCUACACAUGGACAAAUCCGAAACCAACAAGAAAGAGAUGUUUGGAGGGCUUUACUCUAUUUCAAUUAACAGUUGAAUCACUAAACGAGAAUUACGAGAAUGUCAUGUGCGCUAUCGAGGAGUCAAAGGAUCUAGAAGAUCUAACUGUUAAUGAUCUUGCUGGAUUGCUAAAGGUAUACGAGCAACGCAAGAAGAAAAAAACGAGUCAUUGGAGGAAGCACUACAAACCAAAGCAUCCAUCAAAGAUGAAAAUGUAUUUUACACACAAAACUCUCAUAGCAGUUGAUCGGGAGUGAAACCAUUUUCGAGUGUCGAUUGCUGAUCAUACAUGUUAAAAUCAUUAAAUGUGAACAUCGAAAAAUAUCCAUUCUAACUAAGUUUUUUCACGUGCAACGAUGAACUAGUGCAUCAUUUUUCAUACGGGUGUGUUCUAGAUCAUAGAUGUAAAACUCUAUACUAAAGUAGAAUUGAAUUAGAUUGGAUCUAAUCUUA